AUCCUAUUGGUUUCUGUUAUAACAACAGUAUCAAUUAAUCUUGCGGAAAGGCAUCCAUCAAUAUCAACUGAAUUAAAAAUUUCAACAUAUCUAUUUUUUUUCAAUUCAGUAAUUAUUUUUACAUGGAUAAUGUUAUAGACUCUUGGGUAUAGGAACUAUGGACUAAAGAGACAAAGGUGUCGUUGCAUUACGGGAAGGAACAAGCUGUUUUUGUCCUUUCGGAAUAUACUUCCAACAGGACGCGAAGAGGCCAAGAUGAAUGUAAUGACUUACCUGAACGUGAAAAGGUCGAGUGUGUCUCUUGUGUGCCUUUUGUUGCUUUUGAUACUAACAUUUUAUAUUGUCUCUGAAAGAAAGGAAAUGGUUUAUUAUGCUCCAGGUGCUGAAUUCAAACUUUCUGUCAAAACAAAUACAACGAGGACAAACAAGAUACCCGCAGUGAAUCAACGAAUCUACGUCAGUUCAAAAAUACGAACAGUGCAGUCACGUGAUUAUUCCAAGCUGUCAAUGACAACCCAAAACUAUGCUUCGACUGACCUUAUUCCUAAGAAUGAUAUGUUAGAAUUAAUAACAAAAUACAAAAAGAAAAGCAAAAGUGGGUCAGAGAAUUUCUCAAGGAAUAAUAGAAAUAGAACAUCUGAACAGACGCAAAGUUAUGCUAGUAAAAUACAGAAAAGUUUUUCCCCCAAUGAAAAUUAUCCGCCUGAACAAAAGGAAAGGAUAGAUAGAAUAAGAAGAACUUGCAGCGACGGGGAUUUAUUACUUGACAAUGGAUAUUUCGGUCAUAAUAGCACUAGGUUUUAUUAUUCUUCCAAAUAUAAUUUCUCAUAUUGUAAGGUUCCGAAAUCUGGGUCAACAUUUUGGACUCAAGUUUUUCAAAUUCUUAAAUAUGGAGAUAAGGUUUCAGAUAAAGUGUUUUCGAAAAAGAGGUCAAGUGUGCAUGGUUCAAUGGGAACUUUUUUGGUUAAGUUUUCUAGUUAUUCACGAAAGACUUCGUUGUCCAUUUUGGUGUCACGUGACCCAUUUAGUCGGUUAUAUUCAGCAUAUAUCGAUAAAUCAUACUUGCUUUUGAACUAUGAAACAAACUUUCGUAUUAGACUCGUUCGACCAACGGUACAUCAUAGGCAGUGUCCAGUAGAUGUAACAUUUCAAGAAUUUCUCGAUUUUGUAAUACUUACUGCAAGACAAAAUCGAACAUUAAAUCGUCACUGGGCACCUAUUUAUAGUCUUUGUCGUCCAUGUGAUGUAAACGCUUACAUACUAGUUAAACAAGAAAGCUUUUCAAAGGACACAGAGCUAGCAUUGCAAGCGUUUGGUGUUGAGAAUAGCACCUUUAACGUUAUAAAGUCAGCGCUUCAAGAUCACAAAGUUGAAACGACAGUCCCUGGUAUUAUAGAAACUGUUUAUAAUAGACUCCAGCACAGUAAAUUACGAGCUUGCGUGGACGGAAGGAACAUUGCAUUGAGACUGUGGACGUCAUUGAAAAUACAAGGAUACCUGAAAGAGACAUCAAAAUUUCCAAGUCAAAUGUUUAAGAACGAAUUGCUAUACAACAAUGUAGCCUACGUAUCACAGGUUAUAUUAAAUUCUAUUAAUAGACAUAAAAUGACGUCAUUAGAAAUGAAAAAUCAGCGUCAUAAAGCAUUAGCAGACGCUUACAAUGAAAUUAAGGAAGAAACGAUUGAAGGCAUUAGAGAAGUGUAUAAAAUAGAUUUUGAAAUGUUUGGUUAUUCCACAGAUUCACCUGUUGGUACUCAGAGAAGAUAAAUCAAAUAAGUAACAUAAAAUAAAUAAAAUGAAACCCUUCCCGAAAACCGUUGUCAAUACGUUAUAUUUUAGGUAUUAAAAAGUGCUUAUAUAAAGUUGUAAGUACUACCUGCAUUUUCUAACAGCAGUGUAAGUGUUAAAACGUACAAAUGCCCAUCUUUAACUAGGCAAAUCUCCGUCGGUUUGAAAAGAUCCUCGUGAUUUAUUAUUAUUUAAUUCUAGAUUUUAUACCGUAAUGUCAGUGGUUCUACCCAGACGCCUGUCCUUUUCUUAAACAGCGCCUGUUGGGGCAUCUUGUGUCUUCGUAUAUAAUGAAAAACUUGACAUUCGCCAUAAUUAUGACAUAUUAUUGUGUUUGUGAGAAGGUAAACCAUACAACUAGAAAAACAGUAUAUACAUAUUUGCGCCAGUAAUGUAAGAGCUUAAAAUGAGAAACAAACAACGCAUUUACCUCUAAAUAUGGCGAAUAUAAUUAUGUUUAGAUUAAAAAGAACUGUAUUUAGUAGGUUGCCUUUAGUAAUAUUACUUGAUGUAACUAACAUCAAGCAUAUGGCGCGAAAUGUAAAAAUAUUUUUUAGCCUUACACAACGGGGUAAGACUAUAAUAUCCUGGGUGUAUCUCACAUUAAGCGGAAGAAACAAACUACACGUACGUAUUUAGAAAGUAUAAUUUUGACGUCAUAAACUACAUGCAAGAUUUUUUUAUUUAUAAUAUCCUUUGAAAAUCGCAGACAAGCAAAUGUUGGUCUGUGCCAGACAGAUGUUUUCCAAACACUUGGGACAGCACUUGAUAAAAGGCGUUGUGUCUUAAAUCACUCGGCCUCCACCUUUGGUAAUUCAUGUGGGGAAGUUGGCAGUGAGUUGCGCAGAAUAAGUUUGUACUGGUACAGGAUCAAUGAACACUAGUUAACUGCCCAUCAUUUAAUAACUGAAAUAGUGUUGAAAAACAGCUUUAAACCCAAAACAAACAAAUAAAAUUAGUACAUCGUGGAUGAGAAACCUUGCUAGCGCUCGCUUUUGCAUUCUUUGCUAUCACUUUGAUUGGGAUCACAUUGUCCUUCACAAAAAAGUAUGUAAGAUCCAUAUAUUCAGAUUCCUAACAUGAAAUCGGAGUAUGCACUUUUAGUUUAAUUCAUAUUAGUUAUUAUGUAUUGCCGACCAGACUGUUGGUGAUACAAUUUAAUCAUGAUUCUGCAACGGCAAGGUUCAUAGACCCAGCUCAGGCUAUUUAAAAGUAACUAGAACUAUCAAAGCCUAAUAAAUGAAGUAUCAUCAGAAUGUUGUAAGCGGAAUGGCUGUUUGUAAUCUCAGCGGAAGAUGAAAUAGUUUAUUUUGGAAAAUGUUAAGAGUGUUUGUGAAGUCUACGGAAGACAACACCCUGACCCUGUGUUUCGACAUCAGCAUGUGCUGGAUAAGCUCUUGUUUAAGGGUAUCUGUUGACAAUGUUUACCACUAACCUGUGUACGACGUCCAAUGUUCGAAUGAACAUCGAUGAACAUCGAUGAUACUUCAAAUUACAGUUUUAAUAAUAUUUUGACACUUUUUCAGGAAACAGUUUAUAUUCAUUUACCGUGUUCUAGAAUGUUCAGAAUCAAUAGCAACGACUGUUUUAUAUUUUGACUGAUCGUCGUAUGUGAACAUAAAUUCUAAGUUUAUAAUUUUGUUGCACUUGGUAGUAUUUAUAUAACUGACAGUUCUAAGAGAUUUGGUCUGAGGCGUAAUUUAAUCUUUUUUCGAUUGGUACGUUGUCAAAAAUGUAUAAAAAUUGAUAAUAUUUUGUUUAACAAUGAAAAGUAUCAUUUAUAUUGGGCUAAGCCAUGAUUAGCAUGUUAAUGUGGUAAUGGGCAUGAUUACCUUGUUAAUGUAUUAACUAGUUAUUUACGAUGUUGAUGUAUAAUACACUUGAUUACUAUGUUAAUGUAUUAAGGGCUUGAUAACUAUUGAAAUGUAAUAAAGGGCUUGGUUAAUGUUGGAAUCCUCUUUACGUUACUGUAAUAUCGGGUUUGAUUUCCAUGCUACUGUAUUGUGAACUUCAUUGUUUUGUUUAUGUAAAAAUGGGAUAAUACAAUGUUAAUGGAA